AUGAACGACCCUAUCAGCGCGUAUGAGGCACUGGCCAGCAAGCGUGUGUCCACACUGAUGGGCUUCUUCAACGCCACGGAGGCACAGUGGCGGCUGAUGACUCUGCGGCGGCAGUAUGUGCUGGGGGCUGACCCGGGGGCCCGCGUGUCGCUGCUGAGCCUGAUGCAGCUGUCCACUGCCUCGUUUGAGGCGCAGCACCCCGGCUGGGACGACUGGCUCGCAGCGCGCCAGGGGGAGAGCGGCGACGCGGAGGGGCUGCUGUUUGUCAAGGCCAAGACCAAAAAGGGCACACCAGGGGCUGGCAGAGGCCGCGGCCGGGGACGCGGCAGGGGGCGCGGCAGGGGUCGUGGUCCCAUUGAUGGCGGGGCCAGUGGCAGUGAGGAGGAUGCGGGUGGCGACGAGGAGGGCGACAGCACUGAGGACGGCUCUCCUGAAGAAGUCGCAGGGAGCGGCGGCCGCGGCUCCUCGUGGAUCGAGCUGACCCAAGACAACAUUGCCACGUGA